AUGUGUCGUUGCAGAGGCGUGGGGCGCGGCGCGUGGCGGCGGCGCGGGCGCGGGCGGCGCCAUGACGCGGCGCCCGCCACCAUGACGCUGCCGCCGCCCGCGCGCCCCGCGCAUGAUUACCCCGCCGCGCACCGCGCAAUGCGCUACUACCGCAUCUGGAUCUACGCGUGCAACGGGGCUCUGCUGCUAGGGGCGCUGGCGUUCUGUGCCGCCGCCGGUCGCGCCCUCGUCGACUACCGGCGCGCACUCGUGCCCGGCCUCGGCGCCGCCCAGCCCGGCUUCCUCUACGGUUACGCGGCGCUGCCCGCGCAGGCCGGCCUCCUGCAGCUGCUCGGCUGCCUGGCCGCCCUCCGCCUCUCCGAGAAGAUGCUCAACGCCUACUGGCUGGCUCUGCUGGCGCUCCUCGUCGGCGACGCGGCGAUCGGCGUGUACUGGGCGUUCAGGUUCGAGCGGGUGUGCCGCGAGCUGCGGCCGCAGCUGCGCAUCCGCCUGGCCCGCGAGUACGACCUCGACUCGCACUUCUCCGAGGCGUGGGACCGUCUCCAGCGGGAGCAGCGGUGCUGCGGCGUGACGGGGCCGGCGGACUUCGCCGCCUUCAACCGGACGACACUGCCGCCGAGCUGCUGCCGCAUCCCGGCGCAUUCACCCGCCGUCACGCCCACCUCGCUCGCCGCCACCUCCCCGGCGAUGCUGCCCUACACGCCGGUGCACUGCGUCCCGCACACGGCCGCCUGCGCCGAGCGCCUGCUCACCUGGCUCCGCCGCACUGCCGACGCUCUGUUCGUCCUCGGGUACUGCGUCAUAGCGUUUCUCAAGUUGUGCUUCCUUGGUAUCCUCCGGUACGAGAUAAAGGAGAUGAUCCAGAAGAUCAAGAUCCUGAAGAGCGAGCUCGGGGCCGGCGAGCUACUCGAGGGCAGCCCACUCCAUGGCGGGCCGCUGUCGCAGACCGUGGUCGUGAACGCGGUGAACGCCAACGGAGGCGUGCGCGCGCACGGCGGGAGCCCCGAGCGGGCGGGCGAGCGGGACGCGCUGCUGGGGCGGGCGGCGGAGCCCGCGUCCCGGCGGAGCAUCCACGAGGAGACGCUCGGCCCGAAGAACGUGAACGGUAACAACAACUGCGAGAUGCGGGAGCUGGCCCGCGGCGAGUACCGCCCGCUGGCGAUGGACAACGCGGCGACCAGAAUCUGACUAAGAUGUUACUUGGAGCGACUGUUCGGGCGACGCUGGCGCUCGUUCCCGGCGGACGGGUUCGAGGUGGAGCCGCCGCUGGGGCGCGGCGUGCCCGUGUGCGUGCGGCGCUCGGGCGCGCGCGUGCGCCUCGACCACCGCCGCCACACUCGCUCCGAAUUCGAGCUGUAAGCGAACUGCCGCCGCGCCGCCGUCGUCGGUGUCGUCACCGGUCAAUUGUGAGUAACUGGGACUCGGUGGGGGAGUGUAUUCGUAACGUAACGUAGUCUAGCGACGACCGCUUCAGUGAACCGAACGUUAGAUACAUUAUUUAUCAGCACGGUGAUAUUUGAGGACAUAUUACGGCAUUAGAAGAAUCCAAACGAUACCACGAGCUAAGCUUGUGUUUAGUUCCUAUGCUUGGCAUGUAUUCUAGAGAAUAAUUUUACGAGAACUUUCUGACAGAAAAUAAGUGACUAAUAUGUUUUGCAAA